AGCGUUCAGACACACAGACAUCUGGAUUUUCAUCAACACACUUCAGCAGAAAUCUGACAAUGAAGCUGGUAUCAGUCGUCUUCCUCCUCCUGGCUCCUCUGUUGAGCAGCUGCAAGCCCCUCGUCCUCCCACUGGACUGCAGUGACAUCUAUAACCAUGAUCGCAGUCGACCCAGUGGAGUGUACACCAUCUAUCCCAUCGGAGCCACUUCUGCUGUCCAGGUGUACUGUGACAUGGAGUCACUAGGAGGACGGUGGACGGUGUUCCAGAGGAGGAUGGACGGCACCGUGAACUUCUACAGGGGCUGGGAUCAGUACAAGCUGGGCUUUGGUAGCGCUGCUGGAGAGUACUGGCUCGGUCUUGAGACUCUCUUCCACCUGACUCUGAGGAAGAAGUACGAGCUGCUGGUCGACUUGGAGGACUUCAGUGGAAACAAAGUGUUCGCUCGUUACUCCUCGUUCUCCAUUGACCCAGAGUCCUAUGGAUACAGACUGCAUGUAUCUGGAUUCAGUAAUGGGGGGGCAGGAGACGCCUUGAGUAUUCACAACGGACAGAAGUUCUCCACCUUUGACAAAGACCAGGACUCCUCCUCUGGCAACUGUGCCAGAUCAUACCUGGGGGCGUUCUGGUACAACAACUGUCACUAUACAAACCCCAACGGGGUUUAUCGCUGGGGGGCUGACAAGACCAUCUUUGCUGUUGGAGUUGACUGGUCUACUUGGAAGGGUUAUGACUACUCCCUGAAGACCUUCAGCAUGAAGAUCCGUCCUGUGCAGUAGUUCUCCAGGACCAACGUACAGCAGAAUAUCAGCAGCUGAUCUGUCUCCUGAUUUCUUUCUCUUUCUCUCAUUAAGCAUGUAAUCUCACAACGGGCCUUAUUUUCCUGAAACUGGGCACGAGCACAAUCCACCAGCAGCAGAACACCAACUCAGAUUAGUCCUUUUUGUUACCAUCUGUGUGUGUGAGCAGCUGCUGGCUGAAAAGUCUUCAGUCAAACAGCUGUUGGUGUAGAGAAAUGAGUCUCUGCUGGUUCAGAUGUUACCUUCAGUCUGCUGGCUGCAACUAAACACACUCAGCUUUAAAGUCAAACUCACUAGUUUCAACACAACGUUUGGUGGAGGUUUGAAACCCUAAUGUGAAUCAUUAUCUGCUGUACGCUGACAAUAAAUGAGAAGCUGAGCAUGAA